CGCUCACCUCUGUGAGGCUUUCUUUUGGAUUUUUUGAGGAUGGUCACUUAAUUCCAACAUUCAACAUGUUAGGGGAACUUUCGAACCUGAUCAAUGUCUACAUCAGAGCUUGGUUUGAAUCACACCUCCUUGAGGAAGAUUACAUUAUAGAUUUGGAUUUUAGUCACUUCCACGCGGCACCACUUUAUCUGGCCGAGGACAUGCGUGUGAAGGUUUCUCGUUUGGGCCCCAAUAGGAAGUACUGCAACGGACUCGAAUUAGAAGGGACUGGGUUACACAUGUGUCUAAGAAAUGCUUCACAAUACGUCUGUUUGGCAAAACAUAAGAGAUGGGAUGCAAAGAGGUCGUAGACCUAAUAGAAAUUUCUUCUAUUGUUAUAUACAGGUCAUGUGCGCAUGGGACAUGCCAAGCUCUACUAGUAUGUACGGUGG